UACCUCAUCGCCGUCAUCGUGGGCUUCGGCACGGCGCGGCGACGCCACUAUUUCUCUGCCGGCUGCUGCGGCUCAUUCCAUUCCCUGCCUGCCACUCCGGCCGCCUGCAAGCGUCCUUGGCGCCCCCCCUGCCCUGUCCGCCACUGCGCGAGCACAGCCGCGUGCGCCCUCGCCGCUCAGCGCGCGCGCGGGCACAAUUUGCCACCGGGCAGAGCGAGGUGGAGCAGCGGUGGGAUGGAGACCCCGUCGUCGACGUGCGACGAGGGCUCCGAGCUCGACGCGCGCUCGCAGUCCGACUACGCCGACUUGGACGACCUGGACCGCCCGCCGCGGGGACACCGCCGGGAGCCGUCCUCCGACGCGUCCUCCGAGUGCAGCGCGGAGCCCGGGAGCCCCUACGGCUCGUCGCCGUACCGGCCCUGGCCGGUGCGCGCGCUCCCCGCGCGGGUGCCGAAGCCGCCGCCGCCGCCGCUGCUCAAGAGGCUCAGCGCGACGCGGCGCGCCGCCGGCGGCGGCGUGCGUGACGGAAAGGCCGGCGACGGCGAGCUGCAGCUGAUCAAGGAGAGGUUCUCGAAGCUUCUGCUGGGCGAGGACAUGUCCGGGAGCGGCAAGGGCGUCUCGACCUCCGUCGCCAUCUCCAACGCCAUCACCAACCUCUAUGCCACCGUUUUUGGGAGCUGCCACAGGCUGGAGCCCCUGCCGGCGGAGAAGAGGUCCAUGUGGCGCCGCGAGAUGGACUGCCUCCUCUCCGUCUGCGAUUACAUCGUCGAGUUCUUCCCUUCCAAGGAGAUCCUGCCCGACGGUACCAUCCGGGAGGUGAUGGCGACCAGGCCGAGGUCCGACAUCUACGUCAACCUCCCCGCCCUCGAGAAGCUUGACGACAUGUUGCUUGGGCGGAAAGAUGAAGAUGAUUCCGCCGCGACGCCGUGCCGUCCGGUGAGCCAGCGCGGCGAUGACAAGUGGUGGCUGCCCGUGCCGUGCGUCACCAAGCCCGGUCUGACGGAGACGGCGCGGCGAGACCUCCAGCAGAAGCGGGACUGCGCGAGCCAGAUCCACAAGGCGGCCAUGGCCAUCAACAAUGGCGUUCUUGCCGAGAUCCGGAUCCCGGACCUGUACAAGCAAGCGCUUCCCAAGUGCGGGCGGGCGAGCGUGGGCGACCUGAUCUACCGCCACAUGGCGUUCCCGGGCAAGUUCUCGCCGGAGUACCUGCUGGACUGCCUGGAGAUCUCGUCGGAGCACGAGGCCCUGGAGGCGGCGGACCGCGUGGAGGCGGCGAUGCACGUGUGGCGGCGGAAGGCGCGCCAGAGCCACUCGAGGUCCCCCUGGAGCGCGGUCAAGGACCUGAUGGAGUCGGACAAGAACGUGAUGCUGGCGAGCCGCGCCGAGGACGUGCUGCUCUGCCUCAAGCAGCGCUUCCCCGGCCUGUCCCAGACCACGCUCGACGCCAGCAAGAUCCAGUACAACAAGGAUGUUGGGCAGGCAAUCCUGGAGAGCUACUCGAGGGUGCUGGAGAGCCUGGCGUACAACAUCGUAACCUGUAUAGAUGACGUUCUCUUCGCCGACGAGGCCGCCAGAAAGAUAGCAUGAGUGAUCAUUUGUUCAUCCUUCCUGCUUGAUCCGGGAAACCAAAAAUAAGGGGGUCCAUGUCUAUGAUCCAUCCACAGAAUGUACAUUAUGCCAUAACUUGUAGCAGUAGUACCAUCUGCAACGGAAGAUCGCACGAGCAGUUAAACACAGUACUCUACUCACCUAGUGAGUACCUAGGUAGCCAUAUCUGUGUUUCAUCCCAAUGGUCCCUCAGGGUCUUUGCAUUGCAUCCUCUCUCAUCACCAUGGAUGCCAGAUGUCACAGUAUCAGCAAUCAGCUGAAGUAGUGAUUUGUGAAUCUUUUGAUACAGGGCAGCUAGAGCUAGGCAUGAGCAUGGUCUCGACACAAGUUCAUAGUUGAUAUGAUUCACCAAAAAUUCAAGUAUUUUUUUUAAAUAGAGAA